AUGAGUGCAUCGAAUGAUCCAGCUGGUCAGGAUAUCCGAACAUCAGAAUUGGAGGAGUCUUUGUCAUCUUCAGCGUCAGAAUCGCACGAUGAUGAUGAUGAUGAUGAAAGUGACAACGACCAUGGAAAAGCGGAACAAGACAAGGAAGAAGAAAAGGAGGAACCAGCCAAGCUCCACAAGAAGAAGAGGAGAAACAGACGAGGAAGAGGAGGGCAAAAAGGCCAAACAAAGAAUCCCAACAACAGCAACGGCAGUCAUCAUCCCAAAUUGAUUCGACCGCGCAUUCCAAUAUUACAAUAUCACAAUGACUGGGUCGCCAUUAACAAACCCGCCCAAAUGUCGGUCCAUCGCAGUGGCCGGAAUUCGCACAAACAACCAGGACGACAAUUUGUGGUUUCCACACUGCUCAAACGACAAUUGUCGCGCAAAGUAUGGCCCGUCCAUCGACUCGAUCAUCGAACAUCCGGGGUACUCUUGUUUGCCUUUGAGUCGAAAGUGUGUGGACAAUUGCAUUCCGCCCUCAAAGCCGGAACCAAGGAGUACAUUUGCUUGGUACGCGGCGAUUGGCGGAAUUUGGAGCCCACCCUGUUGGUAGAUCAACCCAUUACGGUUCAAGAAGUAACACGAGAGGCACAAACCGAAUUUCAAUGGUUGGCGUCCAUCAACGGUGCCCAAUUCGGAGAGGAGUAUCAAGGAGCCUGUUCGCUGGUCAAAUGCCGACUGUUGACGGGACGCAAACAUCAAAUACGACGGCAUGCACACGCUAUUGGACAUCCCAUCAUUGGAGAUUCCGAACAUGGAGACUCCAAGGUCAAUCGAUGGUGGAGACAAAACAGAGGGUUCAAUCGGCUCUUUUUGCAUUGCAUGUCCGUGGACCUACCUCCCAUACAACGAGUACAAGAAGAAGAUGAUCAAGAAACAGCAACAAUAAGUACUGCACAUGACAAUAAGGACAGCAGUGACAACAACGACAACAAACAUACUCCUCGGAUCCAAUGUGUAGCGCCACUCUCGCCGGAAUUGGCACGAGUGCUACAACGAGACGACCUGAAAGAGUUGUGGGAGGUUGCUGUCGCGAAGGAGCCAAGAUUGGCAUUACAACCUUAUGAUGAACAGGGUGGGACAUUGGGGAGAGGAGCGACGGCGGCACAGAAAAAGAUGCUGUCAGAGCAGCAACAACCUGCUCUUCAGCUAGCCAACUAUGAAGGCGAAAUAGCUAGCUAG